AAAAAUUGUGAAAUCAGGAUUGGACUGGAUUGUGCUGUACCGACAGUAUGGGCAGUUGGCAGGGUCCUCCGGUUCUGGUUGGUGAAAGAGCAUUGUGGCUCGGCAGUGGCAGCGGACUCCCGAAACCUGGUGCUGUCAGGUGGAUUGGUCGCCUUGCAGAGAUCGGCCCAGGCUGGACGGUUGGAUUGGAGUUGGAUGAAGCUCUGCCCGUUGGAGGAAUUGACGGUUCAUGGGGAGGACGGGAGCUGUUUACAUGUAAACCUAAACAUGGCCUCUUGGUUCCUAUAUCUAGCAUCAUUCCUGGCUCACAGUUCAAACACUUACCGAAUAUUCCAGCUUUUGAGAAGAGCCAGAAUGCAGCAGAACACAGUCCAGUGGUCAAUCUGUCCAGGGACUCGCAACAUCAGCCUCAACCCAAUACUGAGCCUCUGGUAGCAGAAGGGCCCAGGCCUGCAAUCCGACACAAGAGGAGGAUUCCAACACCUCCGCCGUCUCCUACACCGCCGGAGCCUGACGAUUCGACCACGGAACAGGACCAGACCACGCUCAGGGUAGAGGAGCGAGAUCAGGAGGAUUCUCUGAAGAAGAGACUCCGCCUGUUCACUGAGAACAAUGGGCAGAGUCGAAGAAUGAACGGACAAUAUAACGAGUGCUCAGAUGUUGUAAUAGAUUCACUGUACGCUCAGAGACGUCAGCAGUUUACCAAGCAUGGACGCUCACAGAGUGACUCGAGUCAUGCCUUCAUAUCCUCAGCCAGUUCGUCGGGUUCCAGACGUGAGCGCAGCAGCACGAGUGCCAUAUUCUCCAUCUUCCGUUGGUUUAGAAAAGAUGGCAAAAGUGAUGAAUUUGAUGCAGAAUUCGCCCCAUCAGCCCCACCUUCACCUCAGUUGAUACGCAACUUCAGUUCCAGCUGCGGCAGCGUAGACACACUCUUCAGCACUGCUACAGCAAGCAGCUUCGCUUACGUUCAUCCUGCGCUUUAUCGUCCAUUUGGAGCUGCUAAUCCACCCGAGAAGAGAAUCUUGGCUGGUCCAGAAACCGAGACUUACAGAAACAGGUUAAAACAGAGAGAUAGGAUCAGAGAACUCGAUAAGAAUCUUACUUUAAAGAAAAAAUACCAUUUGUUCGGAAGUGGUACCCUCCAUAGGAGUGCUGAUGAUGUGAAUGUAAGGCACUUGUACUUGAAUAACUCUUUAGAUUCCUUAAAGGUCAAUGAGGUAUCUCCUGGAAGUAAAAAUUCAACUCUGGGCAGAAAGAAACGGAAAGCUCCUCCUCCCCCUCUGAUUGAGGAAAAACUAAAAGAGAAUAGCCUUCCUAUUAGAUUAGAAGACAAUAAUGAAAAUGAAAGUAGAAAUAUUGAAAAACAUGAUCCUUCAAGUAAGAUAAAUUUAAACAAGCCUCGACAUCGUAGAACAGUCAGUGACUCUGCUAAAGAUAGAAAAUCAUUUGUUCAUGUCAAGGGUAAAAGAAAAGCUCCUCCUCCUCCUCCUGCUGUAAACAGCGUAAGUGAUAAAGAGGAGAGGACAGCAAAUCAUGAAGUGUUAGGAACCCAAAGUUUAGGAAGAAAGAAGAGGCAUGCGCCUCUGCCUCCCUUAGAUAUCAGUAGUGGUGAGAGAGUUGAUAACAAGUUCACACCACAAGGAUGUUUGACUCCUGAUGAAAAACAGCGGCUGAUUGACAACAUCGCCAAACUUCAAGCUGCCGCUGAUCGCAGAAGUCUAUUACUGUCAACGCCUCCUGCUUCUCCAACUCAGAGCAGCAAAAUGUCCCAUACAGUGUGUAAUGACUCAUUAAAACUUGAAAAAGGUGUUCUAAAAGCCAAUAAGACUGAAGUUCAGUCUCCAGAGACUAAGCCUUUUACUCCAACUCCUGUUUCUCCAAGACCUUGGUACAAAAGGAACAUAAUCAACAAAGAAAAAAGUCUUGAGAAGAAAAAAGACAAAAGUAAAAUUGAUGACUGGAUGCCUGAAAUUGCCAUUGCUAGAGGAAAUGUAAUAACCCAAGACACAAAUCCUUCUCAUGUUAAUGAUAGCAGCUCCAACAACAGUAAUGGUGGUAACAACAGCUAUAGACUAUCCAGUAUAUUUUCUCGAUUUGAGAAGCCAGAAGAAAAACGAAAAUCACAAAUAUCAAUGUUAGUUAAUAUUAGUGAAUUGGAUAGAGAAGCGGCUGAAAUUGUGCAGAGAGAACAAGAAAGAGAAAAGGCUCUAUUGGCAGCACAUGAUGCUAAAUUUUAUAAUUCUAUAGUACCACUAGAAACUAAUACAAAACCAGAGCUGGAAAUUGAGGUUGUAGAAGAAAAGGUUGUUGAAGAUCCUCCAAAGAGAUCUGGAGCUCGAGAACUUAUUUCGUUGUUCAAUGCCAUAGGUAGUGUUACUAAAGUGACAGUAAAUUCUGCUUUUACCAAGGAAGGCCCAAGCAUAUUCACGAAAGAAGGUAUUGAGAAAAGAUUUUCUAUCUCAGGAGAUACAGUGAAAACUUCGGAAGAAAAAGUUGUCAAAGAGACAGUCACAAAAAGUAAUGGUUAUAAGAUGGAAACCGUAAUUGUUGAAACAAAAGAAAGUUUUUCAGGCUCACCAGGCAUCAAAAGACGGCGGAAUGUUUUCCAUCAAGAUGAUUCUGGCUCAUCUUCAAGUUCUGAAGCUGCCACGCCAAAAGUUGUUAUUGAGGAAAUUGAGGAUUUUGAUGAAGAAAAAUCCAAAACACAGGUGCUCUAUGAGGCGAAUAAGAUCAGAAAACAUCAUUCUCCAAGUCCAAGUAUACCUACUAUUGCCGAAAUGUCAGAGUCUGUAAGUUCUGUUGCAACUUCUACAGGGUCGACUAUCAAUGAUGGUGCAAGAUCGGUGUCUACAACACCAACCCCAAUAAUAAAGCCUGCUGCAGAUGUGAAUGAGAUUCGAGGUCCACAGGCACAACCCUCCAAGAACUACAGUAUUUGGACCUGUCCUCGGUGUACCCUAGAAAACCCUAGGUGGAGAGUCACCUGUGAAGCUUGUGACAUGUGGAGACCAGCCGUGAGGCGAGAUGUCAUAGAUAAACUGACUAAUGCCAAUAUGGGAGCAACUAUAGCUGUUAAUGUUAUUAAAGGAGGUGAAUCUAACAGCACCUCUGUGGUAAAAACCUCUACACCUCAGACAGAGCCAAAAAUUGUAUCAAGUGUUAUUUCAGAUAAAGAACCCAGAGUUGAGAUUAAAACACGAGCAUUGGCAGAUAGAACAACAGUUAAUUCCAAUGGGAGUAAACUUCUAAGUAGCUCAAAAACUGAACAUUUGAAGCCACUAACUGUCAGUGGACUUCUGUCAAAUGACUAUAAAACAACAGAAUCUAGUGUCUUAGAGAAAGACAAAGUUACUUCUAAAGUUAAUGGUGCCAUUGCGACUAGACUUUCUUCACUGAGUGAAACUAGUCAGGGUGUGUCAAAAUUAGCUGGUAACAAUAGUUCAGUUGCAAUAAAGGAUGAAAAUAAACCCACAGGGAAAAGUUCUUCCAGUGUGUUGAUUACCAAGAAAACUGAUACUCCUACAAGUUCAAAAACUGAAACUCCUAUAGAUUCUAAAACUAAAAUUCCAAUAAAUUCUAAAACUGAGACUCCUGCAAGUUCCAACACAGAAUCUGAUAUGGAUGAGGUUAGAAGAGCAAGACUUGCUUUUUUCCAAAAAUCUCAAUCAAAUGAAAACAAAAAUGAAGAAGGAGCAGGUAAGAUGGAAGUGUCCAGACCUUCGAUAAAUCAAGCUAAAAUUGAUGCUCUGUUUACGAUUGCUUCAAAAGGAUCUCUAGCUACAAAUGAAGAAGAAAGAUUAAGAGUUAAAGAAAUACUAAAAGAGAUGAAGAAUUCUUUGCCAAAAAAGACUAAUCAGCAUAAAUCUGUGUCAGGACAAGGUAAUGUUAGUAACAUGAAAGAAGACAUUAAUGUUAAAGAAAAUAUCAAUAAAAAAGAUAACACUUCAAUUACAAGUACUCCAGACAGUUCAAGAGAUGCAGUAAGAUUGGGAGCAAUAAAGAAAUCCACUGUACAGACUCCUGCUGCUUCGGCUUCAAGCGGAACAAAAAAAGAAUCUGUUGAAAAAUCUCAAAAUAAUAAGAAAGCUGAGAUUUAUCUUGUAAAAACUGAAACUGUUAUUGAAGAAAUAAAAGUAAAGGGAAAAGAUGGUGUUAAGACUCCAAAAAUGUCAACUUCCGUCCAGACUAAUGGGGUUGUUCGAAAAAUAGAACCAAAUCUGUCUGUAACUAACGGUGAAGGGGCUAAAUCCGUAACUGGUAAACCACCAACACCGAAAGCUGCCCGGAAGGAGAUAAUAGUGCCAGUGACUGUAGAGGAGCAUGUAGUAAAAGAUGACGUAGUACAUGUAAAAAGUUCUAAAGAACCUCGAAAGAUUGGUAUUGGAACAUUUGAGUUGAUAAGACCCAGGGACUUUGCCAGCAUAGAAGCAACAAAGAUGGGCGUUGAUGUGAAAGCUCCAAUUCAUGUUUAUGCGAAUAUUCCCAGAACUCACAACGACGAUUCGUCUGCAGAUUCUACCUCUAGCUCAUCCAGUGAAAGUGCGGAGAUCAGUCAGUUGACAGCUGAACUCACAAAACCUAAAGGACUAGCCGACUUUAAAGCAGCAGUGUUGGAGAGCACAGCAGGCAACAAGAUGGAUACACUGGCGGUGAACCGGCUGCUGAGACAGUUGGAGGCGGCGAUAGCAGGUGGUCAACACCAGCGAGCAGCCACCCUCGCCAAGCAGCUUGCGCGUCACAAGGUCAACUGCUGCGUCACACGACAUAGGCACACUGACUUGAUUACAGUGGACAUGUUUGUGGAAGAUAAGCUGUCACAUCAGGGGCCAUUCCCCGUGCAGGUGUCUCCCUCCAUGACAGUGGCUCAGCUCAAGGCCAGGGUGGAGCGACAGUUUGAGAUACCGGUGACUGUGCAACGCUGGAUUCUCGGCAAAGAGCUUGCAGCAGAUGACACAGCAACACUACAACAGCUGGGCGUCUCCAGAGCACAUUGUCCUGUCUUCCUGUAUCUGGUAGCUCCAGAUGGGGCCCAAGAAAAGAAGACGGAAGGGGUAGACAGGGUGACAGAGAGUGAAGCACAGAAGGCUGGCCCGACACCUGGAGGGGGGUUGGAGGAGGCGAGUGGGACCACUGUGAGAGACCCCCCACCAGGCAGGGGCUGGUACUUCAACGAGCAAAAUGACCGAUACAGCUUCUGUGAUAGUGAAGUCACUGACGAAUCUAGUAAAGACCCAAGUCCAGAACCCCAAGAGACAGCUGUAGUCACACAUCAGCAGGAGGUGGAGGCUGAGGAGGAGCUGGAAGUUGUGGAGGAAGAAGAAGUAGAAGAGAUAAUUGAAGCAGCAACAGUGGCUGUAGUCACAGAAAACGAACCUCUCACGACCCAACUCACAGGAACACUAGCAGUUGGCUGGAGGUGUGAAGUAUGCACUCUGAUGAACUCUCCCACACGGCCCGGCUGCUUGGCGUGUGCCACCGCCAGACCAGCUGGCUAUCAGGUACCAGACGGCUAUGAGGCUGCUGGUGCGGAACGGCUCAGAAUAGACCAGGACGUGCAGGCUGAGCAGACAGCUGCAGAGGACAAGUUGAAGAACUACCAGCAGUUGAUGGUGUUGGAGAAUGCCGACCUGAUCACUACUACUGAGCCGUUUGAGUGCUGCGUGUGCUUGGUAGAAUGUGCGGCACAAGACGGAGUGGUGUUGCGUGACUGCCUGCACACAUUCUGUCGCGCGUGUCUCGCGCACACCGUACAGUUCACGGAGGAGGCUGAAGUCAAGUGUCCAUUCCGUGACCACAACUACGCCUGCGAUAGCACACUGCAGGAGAGGGAGAUCAAGGCUGUGAACGUGAGUGACAGUGAUGAUGACGACUCUUGUAUCGUGUGCAUGGCUGAGCCAAGGUGUUGUGCAUUGACGCCUUGCGGUCACCGCGCGUACUGCGAGACUUGCUGCCUACGGCUGAUAGAGCUGGACCAGAUGUGCUCCCUGUGUCGGCGCAAGGCUGACGGCUACCUUAUCAUCUACCUCUAGUCGAACUUCUCACAAACGUGUAGAAAUUGGAAUUUAGCCAUCGUCUCAAAUCGCAGAUUGGCAGCACUUGAAAAAUGUAACAAUGGCUCUAAAUAAACAGGACAUUCUGUUUGUGUCACCUCGCUCCAUUCUAGCUUUCAAAAUGGUAAUAAACGUAACAGGAAAUGGAAAUUGCCAUUAUGAGUAAUAUCACUAAUAAACAAGACCAUAACCAUAAUCAGAAUUGGAGUCCCGUUUUGUGGGCCCGAAGCAAUAACAAAAAUUGGAAACUUAUAUAACAUUAUACUAUUUUAUAUUUCAAUAAUUAGAAAUUUUAUCUGUUCUAAUGGCGGAAUAACGGUUAAGCUGUUGCAUUGUGAUAAAUCAACUGUGAAAAAGCAACUACUGUGAAUCAACACUUGAAUAACAAAAUCCUCAUUAAAGUUUUAUUAGAGAUUAUGUUAAAAGUAAAAGCAGUUUCAACUACUUGUAUGAUUGUUUUUACACCCCUGACCUAAUCUGUUGAAGUAGAAUUGAAAUAGAUAAGAAAUAUCUCAAUUCAUUGUUCUUUUACAUAUAUUUAAUUUAAACGUAGUCUGAAAAUUAUUUUUGAAUUGUAUUCAAUUAAUGUGAUUUACUCAAAACUGAAUUGAAAAUCACAGAAUUUGAAAAUCACAAAAACUGAGUUUGAUUUGAGUUCACACAAAAUUGUCCUAUUGUAUUUAAAUUUCACAAAAUGAAUUGUAAUUACUAUUUAUGUAAGAAAAAGUCCUGAUAUAAUAUAUUAAUAUAUAAAUAUGCUGAGACUUAAAUUAGUUUAUAUUUUUAUUCAACACCAUGUCCAGUGAGGUGUUAUUUGUUUCAUUGAGAUAUUUUUGUGUUUUGUGGCUUUAAAAGGAUACAAAUGGUUUUUGUGCUUUAGCUGUGGACUUUUAACCCUUUGCUGUCAAAUUUGACUUCUGUGCUAUUGUUGUUCACCCUCACAAUCUUCCAGUUUAGGUCAAACAUGCUAUUGUUGGUCCAAAGUGCCACUGUAUCUGCUACAACUCAAAAUGCCUUAUCUUUGAACCCACUGUGUAGCUGUUGAAUCUCAAUGUUUCCACAAAUUUACUCCAGCAGUACUUUUGCUUUAUUGUAUUAUUCUACCGAAUCCACAGCAUGUUGCAUAUUGAUUUUGUUUAUUUAUUAAGUAUGUUGAUUUUGAAACCUAAUUUAUUAAUUAUAGAUAUUGUGUCUGAUACAAUUUUGGAAAUAUUUUAAAAUGACUAAGUACACAAACAUUCUAUAAAAAAUGUAAAAUGUAAAGACUACAAAAAUCGUUCUGAAUGUGCUCAGAUUGUUAAAAAUAUAGGUUCAGUAUUUAGUAAAGUUCAAACUUAAAACUAAACUGCUGUCCAUUGAAGCAUUUCUGAACUUGGUUCAAGCUGAGAAUUCUUGUUGUUUCAUGUUCAUACUUGAAGAAUUUUAUGUUACAGCUCUAUAUUUUAUUGUUCAUAAAAUAUUGAAACUAAACAUUAAAUGAGUAAUUUUGGUUUUAGAUAUUAAGGUUACUAGUAUUCCAAAUGAUAACUUCAUGAUCCGUUCAAGGAAAUGUUAUGCAUUAAAUAAUAGUUUAGAAAAUGAAAAAUAUGAUCAGUCUAGUCAUUUUUUGUUGGGAGAGCUGCAAAAAGCUUGAUAAUAUUUUUAUAAAUACUGUGUUCUUUUUAUGUUGUAUCUGCCAAUGUUUUGUUGUGAAUUACAUAUUCUGUUUUGUAGAUCUUGUGCUAUAGGAGUUAGCUUAAUUUUAUUUCCUGAUACUGAAAACAGCAGAUUAUAACCUGGUCUUAGUACUCUAUGACAUCAUCAAUUAAGAUUAUUUUCUCUUUACAUUGAGUUGUGAUAUAUUGUAAUGUUGUACAGAAGUUUGUAUUGUCUCUUGUGAAUUUCACUGCCACUUUAAUUCCUUUAGCUGUAAGUAUCUAGAACAUUUUAUAGCUCUUUCAAAAACCUGAUGUCAAUAAGAAAUCUAUUUUAAAAAAGUGUAAGAAAAUAAUUUUACAGCCAAAACUAAAUAAAAAGUAUAACUUUUUUAUUAGUUUUAUACUUAACUUUCUUCCUGAAAUAUAGGAUGUUACCAAUACUUAAGUUUACAUUUUUAAGCUACAGCACUGUUUAAUUGACUGCUCUUCAAAUAUUUCUAAUAAAGAUAUAAAUAUAUUAA